AUGAACACAACAGCUAAUGGAUCGAACUUCUGGAGUUGUAGCAGUCUGAUCAAUUUAUCGGCAGUGAGAAUUGGGGAAAUCAUCAGUUAUAGUCUGAUCCUUGUUGUUUCGCUGAUUGGCAAUUCUCUCAUCGGAUUAAUCGUUUAUAAAACGCCAAACAUGAGGAAACCCAUAAAUUAUUUGAUCACAAACAUGGCCAUGUCCGACCUGUUGUUUCCUUUAUUUACGAUUCCCCCGCUACUAUCAGUGAACGAUGACUGGCUUAUUAGUGGUCCUCUUGGUCUGGCCUUGUGCAAGCUUUAUCUUUACUUACCAUUCGUUUCCUACAGUGUGUCGGGUCAGAGCCAUAUUCUGAUAGCAGUGGAUCGCUUUGUAGCCGUGGUGUUCCCACUUCGUUCCCCAUUAAUUGGUCGCAAAUGGUUUCCCUUAAUCAUUACCGCCACUUGGAUCGUUGCCAUGACUCUUCAUACACCAAUGUUGGUAAACGGCAAAGUUUUUUACGAUGAUGGCAUGUUUUGUGGAUAUUUCUUGGAAGAAGCCUGGCCCAGUGUCGUAGCCUCUACUUACAUCACUAUCGUCCUGUUGGUCAUUCUGUACUCCAUCAUCCUCAUCAAGCUCAAACUACAAGCACCUCCAGGUGAACAGUCGACCAAUGUCGAGAAACAACGCAAAAGAAGAAACAAAAAUGCGUUAAGAAUGGCUAUUGCUAUCGUCCUAGCAUUUCUAUUUUGUUGUGUGCCGAACACUACAGCUCGGUUAAUUAUGAUGUUGAACAAUUCCGUUUCGUAUAGUUGCAGUUUUAAAUUAUUCACUAUUUUCGCACAUCUCAUGUACAUCGCAAACUGUACUGUAAACCCGUUUAUUUGCCUUAUUUUUAGCAGUAAUUAUCGUCAAGGUCUAAGGAAACUUCUAAAAUGCUAA